CGUAUAUGACGUACUGCGCAUGCGCAGCCACAGGGCGCUGGGUAGCGUUGAGUGUCUCCGAAGAUGUCUGUUGUUUUUGUGCCAAAGAAACAACGCGGAAAAGCGCAAAUCAAUCAAGAAACCAUCCAAAGACUGCUGAAUGAAAAUGACCAGCUCGUGAGGUGCAUAGCGGAGUACAUGCAGAAGGGCAGAGCCACUGAAUGUGUACAAUACCAACAGAUCCUCCACAGAAACAUAGUUUAUCUAGGAACGAUAGCUGACGCCAGUCCUGAUGUACCUGCUCUUCGUGAAGACGCAUCAGCUCUGACCGGAACAAAGGACGUUUCUAAAACCUGAUCUCAGACCAGUUGUUCUGAUUGGUCGGGAAGUGUUCAUUAACGUUUAAUGAUCCGCAACGGUGGUCUAGAAUAGGUUAUCGUUUUUAUUGGAAGGUGAACGAGUCUGGUAAUAAAGGGAAUAAAAACAUGCUGUUAUAUGACUAACAUUUACGGAGGAAGGAGUCUCCAGUGUCAGCACUUUGUAACAGUCUGAUUAUCGCCAUGGGAAAGUCUUCAGAAGGCAGGAUGAACGAGAGAGAGAGAGAGAGAGAGAGAGAAGAGGCAGGUGUGGGAAUGAUGGUUUAUACUGCUGCUGUAAAAUAAGUGACAACUGUUUUGUUAAAAACUGUAAAUGGUUUUGCUUUCUUAAUUAUUUAAUCAAUAAAAAUGGUUGAAUAAUGAAUGAUGGGCAGAUUGUUAUGUGUGUAAGAGGAAUAAAACACUUGGUGGUUCUCACUGCUGCUGUGGAUAGAUCUGUGUGGACAGUCUGUGACCCGGGGGACUGCUGUGGAUAAAACCACUGGAGACUGUCACUGAAUUGUUGUUGCAUCGGUCCGCUUGCGACAAGAAGGAAUUAGUGCCAAGUUUAUAUUGAACUCAGAAACUACACUGACCUAUUAGUUCCUCAAGAGGUCUUAGUUGUAGAAAGGAGAUAAUUUACUGUCCGGUGUCACCCAAAUGAGGAUGAGGUUUCCUUCCGAGUCUGGUUCCUCUCAAGGUUUUUCCCUCACCACCGUCGCCUCAGGCUUCUCAUUAGGAACAAAAGAGGGAUAAAACAAUAACUAUCAUUUUUUUUUUCUGUUUCUAUACUUCUGUAAAGCUGCUUUGAGACAAUGUCCAUUGUUAAAAGCGCUAUACAAAUAAACUGAAUUGAAUUGA